UAACUCUUCAGAUUCAAAUGCAUAAAAGUUGUAAUAUUUGGUUUGGAAAUGCUGCAGAUGAAGAUUUAUCUGUUAGGUUAUUUUCCAAAGAAAAUUAAGAUUCUAUUGGCCUUACAAAAACUAAGUCUGUUUUUACAAAUCCUUAAUUUUGGGCCAUGUUUGUCUUUGGAUCUUUAGUUUGAGGGUAGGAAAACUGUGAAAACCCCUUAUUGCUCACUUCUGUAAACUGGACCACUGUAUUCCAACUAAUCACAAAUAAUAAUUGCAAUAGUAUUGCUGACAUACAGUGCCUCUGAGGGCAAUGUUUUUUUUAUUUUUUUCUAGUAAGAAUAGUUGAUUCAGAAUAAAACUGUAUGUAUUUAUAUACAUACAUUUGUUUUACGACUCAUAAGUGAUGAGUUAUGACUUCUUCAUUAGUGUCAUACUUUCAUGCUCUUAACAAAGGCCUGGCUUACGCAACGUUGGCAGCUCUCUAUUGGUGUUCAGCACCUUUAAUGAUCUCUCAAAAAUUUUCUGGAAGAAUUUCCUAACAUAUGGCAAAAUGUGAGAUUAGUUGGAUACUUUGGACAUCCCCUACCCACUUAUGCAUUAAAACCAUACUUAGACUUAGAGAUCCAAUAAAAUAUCUCCAUUGUCUUUGACAGACAAGCUGAGAGAGAACUGGAGAUAUUUCUAAUAUUCUGCCAGACAUCUUCCCACUCCAUUGGCUGUAGAAAAGGGGUUUCCUUGUUUCCCAUUUGUUUUGGAAUCUGAUUUUGUAAAUCUCUUCCCAGCUUGCACAAUUUACCACAUUCCUUUCUUUAGUUCUGCUUAUUUUAUUUUCACUCAGGGAAACUUUUGCUUUUCCUGAAACUUAGUGUAUGUUUAUACUGAGGAGUUUGCUCACAAGAUCCCAGAUGUCUUUGCAACAGAUGGGGAAUUAGCCGUGAGGUUUGGGCCAGAGUCCAACUGCCAAUUGCAUUGUCUGAGACUUGAAAUUCUUAUCAGAUCUAUGCGAGUCAGAAGUCUAAAUAUGUACCGGCAGGUAGAGGAAGAUUUGAAAGAUGAGGUGGCACUCUGACAUUGAAGCUGGGUAUGCUAUGUCAUGCAUAAUCACCAUUAAUAGAUGUUUUGCAGGCAAACUAGUUUGAACUCUACCAGUGCAAACCCAUAAGCAUAAGAUCAAUGAGGUUACACAGGUAUCAUGGGGGCCUAGGUUUUUUGACUUGCAGAACCUCCAAAAGUGAUCUGCUAUCGUAAUGGGAAGAAACCAUGACUGUCAGAGCCCAGGUGAGUUGGAGGGAGUGGCAUUUACCAAGGUCUGUCUUAGAAAUUGAGAUUGAAGAUGUGAUGACAAUAAAUCCAGAGAUUUUAGAAGAAAUUUCUUCUGCUUCUGAUGUGAAAGAGAACCUGCCUCUGCAGGAGAAUGUAACUAUACAGAAACAAAAACGUAGAACAACGCUUUCAAAAAUUCCUGCUCCACGAGAAGUAUUACGUAGCCGUUCUACCAGGAUGUCUGUUAUCACGGAAUCCCAGGGCAGCCUCCAAGAUAAUGAGAUGGAGGUGGAUCCCUCCACUUCUACACAAACAAGAAACCAUUCAACAGUGCCUGCUGACCGAGCCCGAACUACCAGGCCACGUUGUGCUACAGAAUCCUCACUAACAAAUGUACAUGAAGUUAUAGAAGAACAUGCAUCUAUCAGAAGCAGCUCUUCAGCAAAUCCAGUUCGGAGGAAAUCUAAUAUUGUGAAAGAGAUGGAGAAAAUGAAAAGCAAGAGGGAAGAGAAGAGAGCCCAGAUAAGUGAGAUCAGAACAAAACGGGCACAGGAAUUUGAUAGCAGCUGUCCAAACUGGGAGUUUGCACGGAUGAUCAGGGAAUUUAGAGCUACUUUAGACUGCCAACCAAUAUCUAUGAAUGACCCCAUAGAAGAGCACAGGAUCUGUGUUUGUGUAAGGAAGCGCCCUUUAAAUAAGCAAGAACUUCACAAGAAGGAAUGUGAUGUGAUUACAGUUCCCAGCAAGUGUGUCCUGCUGGUGCAUGAGCCAAAGUUGAAAGUGGACCUAACAAAAUAUCUCGAGACCCAGGCAUUUAGAUUUGAUUUUUCAUUUGAUGAAACUGCUUCCAAUGAAGUGGUUUAUAGGUUCACUGCGAGGCCUCUUGUACAGACCAUCUUUGAAGGUGGAAAGGCUACCUGUUUUGCGUACGGCCAGACAGGCAGCGGCAAAACACAUACUAUGGGAGGAGACUUCUCUGGGAAAACUCAGAAUGUCUCAAAGGGGAUAUAUGCUUUUGCAUCACGAGAUGUCUUCCUCCUUCAAAGCCAACCGAGGUACAGGAAUCAAGACCUGGAGGUCUAUGUGACAUUCUUUGAAAUUUAUAAUGGGAAGGUGUUUGAUCUCUUGAAUAAGAAGGCAAAACUCCGAGUGCUUGAGGAUGGAAAGCAGCAGGUCCAAGUAGUUGGCCUCCAAGAAAGACAAGUCAGCUGUGCAGAUGAUGUGAUCAGAAUGAUCGAGAUGGGCAGUGCCUGCAGGACAUCUGGACAGACCUUUGCGAACUCUAGCUCCUCACGAUCACAUGCCUGCUUCCAAAUCAUACUACGCAGAAGAGGGAAACUACAUGGCAAAUUUUCCUUGGUAGACUUAGCUGGAAAUGAGAGAGGUGCGGAUACUUCUAGUGCUGAUCGGCAGACACGCAUGGAAGGGGCAGAAAUAAAUAAGAGCCUUCUGGCUUUGAAGGAAUGUAUCCGAGCACUAGGUCAGAACAAAUCUCAUACACCUUUUAGGGAAAGCAAGCUGACCCAGGUGCUAAGAGACUCAUUCAUAGGGGCAAACUCCAGGACUUGUAUGAUUGCAAUGAUUUCCCCAGGCAUGAGUUCGUGUGAGUACACCUUAAACACCCUGAGAUAUGCUGACAGAGUGAAAGAGCUCAGUCCUUACAAUGGUGGGAGUGGUGAGAUGCAGAAUUGCAUGGAAACGGAGAAUGAGGAACUGGACACCAGUGAAGAAGAGUCAAGUCUUCAGCAUGACCUCUCCAAGGAGGAGGAAGAGGAGUUGUCUCCCCAUAUGUCCAGUUUCCGUGAAGCCAUGACUCAGAUUAGUGAGCUGGAGGAGAAGGCUGUAGAAGAACUUAAAGAAAUGAGACAGAAGAUGACUGAACUCAAUGACCUGUUGGAAAUGACAGAGCAACCAGAUUAUGAUCUGGAGACAUUUGUGAACAGAGCCAGAUGCUUCAUAAAGGAAGGAUCAAGAAAUUUCAUCAGCAUGGGAGAUGUCGUGGAGUCCCUGGCUCUUGCCAUGCAGCUGGAGGAGCAGGCCAGCAAGCAGAUGAGUAAAAGGCGGCCUCAGUAAAUACACCAAAACCUGAUUCACAAACACCAUUUUUUUCUUCUGUAUGUGUCUUAUCACGUCAGUGGUUUCUAUGUUAACUUUGCCUAUUUUAAAUGUGAUACAAUAAAGUAUACUUCUACCUGAAGACAAGAGGUCAGAAUAGCAGCCUUUGACCAUUGUUCUAGAAAUGCCCUCUUGGCAGUGGGGGAGGGGAAACUUGUAGUUUUUCCUGUCAUUAGAUGCCUUUUCCCCUCAUUUACUGACAGAAUUAUUUGCUCUGAUGUAACUAGAUAAACUUGUGUAUUCUAGUGUACAUAAACUUUUUUGCUUCUAGAUAUAUUGUGAAAUGGUGAAAACCUGCAACUCUAGCUGCUUUACAAAGGAAAUAGACUAAAUUUAAUUGUAAAAAGAAUAAAAUAAAGUCAGUAUUUUUUUUAAGACUUUGGCUGAUAGAUAAAUAUUCCUGGAUUUAUUAACUUCUGACUUGUAGAAAAUUUCUUGUCAACUGUCAGUUCUUUAAGAAAUUCUUUGAAGACCUUCCCCCCCCCCCCCCCCAGAGCAGACUGGCCUUUAUGGCAAAGACUGGCUUUUGGGACUGGUUGGUCAUUUAAAAUCUUUUGAAGUUUGUAAUGUUUGUAUUUAAGUAAAAAGUCAAUUAAAGUA